AUGUCCUUCGAAGAUUUCAACAAUUCAUCAAAUCUUGGCUUUUGUGAACGUUGUUCUUGCACAGUUGAAAUCUCCGAUAACGAUGUUGACCGACUAUAUUGCGAUCAUUGUUACGACAAAAUAUCUAAUGAAAAAUGUUCGACAUGUAAUCAAAAAUUGAUGGGAGCUUAUGUGGAUGAACUGGUAUGUUUACGUAUACGCCCUUUUUCUCCGUGGUCUUAACCAGCCAAGUUUGGUGUCAUUCGAAAGAGCUCG